AUGAAAUAUUCAGCUUUUAGAAGUUCUUUAAGGUUUGCUACUAAGUUUUGUCAGAAUAAUAACUACAAGUUAUAUAUGAAUAGCGUGCCUCAGUUCUCAACCUUUGUAUAUGGAAAGAAUAUAAAAACAAAUCCUUUAACAAGCAGAUUAGAUGAUUUGUUAAAAAAAAAUAGCAACUUGAUAAGUAUUAUAAGUUUAAAUGGAUUAGAUGAUUUAAUUACACAAUCAUCAAAAAUUGAAUCUGUUUCCAUAGCUGACUGGCUAUUAAAUCUUAUUGAAGAAUAUCAAUUAAUGCUAUCAUGCGUAAAUAUGACUACAAUACGCAGUUGGUUUUCCAUUAGGAGCAUUGGAUUGUCAAAGGAAAGAAAAAAUAGAGAAUACAAUUAUAUGAUGUUGGGACAUUGUUACUAUUAA